GGCUGUCGAGCGCGGACACCGUGACGCUGGUGGUGCGAUGUGGCGGUGCGAGCUGCUAGUGUUCUGUGCGCUGCUGCUGAGCGGCGCGGCACGGACGGCCUCGGCGCAGGCCGACCCGACGGACUGUGGCGCCACACGCUCCCUGCUCCUGGCCAAAGGCGUCCCGGAGUCGGUGCUCUCAGAAACGACGGCCACAGGAGCGGCGGCGGGUGAGCUGUGCGCCGCCAAUAGCUCGUGCUGCUCCCUGCCGUGGGAGCACGGCAUACGGCAUGUCGUGCAGGACGAGUUCCGCAAGAUGCUGCUGGAGAACACGGAACAUCUGAAGCGGCUACUGCAGGAGCAGGCCAUCGCCGUACAAGGUGAGUCGAACGUCCACAGUGUGAAGCAAGUCACUGACGGCCUCAAUCGAAGGUCGCAAGACACACUGGCAGCCGAGGAGAACGACGGUGACUGUUCUCAGUAGGCAACGGGUGCAUAGCUAACGGGUUCGGAUUGACGUCUUGUUCGAAGUUGCUGAUGGAGGAGAGCUUUGGCAGGCUUGUGACAAGACGGUGCGAAGAUAGAUAGGGAAGUGACGAUAUCAUUUUGUAGAUUAGCUUCGUGCAUAAUGUCAUUUACCCCAGCGUAUCAUUUAACGUCUUAGAGUAGCAUAUUCCUUCAGUUAGUGGUUCCCGAUCCCUCAGGCAGUGGUCCCAAUGUUCUCCUAUCAGUGGUCCCCAUGUCCUCCCAUCAGUGGUCUUCACCUCAUGUCGUCAGUAGUACCCACGUCCUUCCUGCGUGUAUUUUCAGUGCACAUUUCCUGCAGACACAGUGCAGUCCGUGUAUUGAAAUAUCCAGAGCUAUCUGUUGCACGUCGAGUUGGCGAGAUCGGACGCAUUGGUUCCGGAGAAAGAUAGGGGAAGAUCGAGGAACUCGUGCGUGGUUAGAUGCCCUGACAAUGCCGGGAUAUGCGAAUGUCACGGUGACGUGCGUGUUCGCUGGUUUGGAAAUAAAUCAACAGCUUUGCGCGAAACAAAUGAAAAUUGGACAACUUGUUCACAGCUUCAGGCGUUUCGAAAUAUCCACUGGGUGAUGAGCGUCUGUCGUGGACGGCACUGGUCAGUGAUCAGUGCCCAAUCACCGGCGACAAGCUAAUCUCGCGGGACCUCUGCGCUGCACCUGUCGUUCUCAGGCGCAUCUCUGCAGGAAACACAUUUCUAUCCGUCGAGGAUGUCUAUGUCGGAUCGUGAACAAAUCAUGGUGGCGAAAAGCUACCCCGAGAGUUUCAGUUGAUACGUUAUCUCUGAAAUAAACCGUCAGCAAAAAUUGUGAACGAUCUUUCAGUCAUCAAUUAGCUGUCCAAACAGAAAAGCAUUGGCAUCUGGUUGACAAAGGCACAAGUUGGUCAAUGGGGACUAUUUUCAAGAUUUCCGUGAGGCCUUUUGAGUGAUAUUCGAGGAAGAAGCAAAGCACCCUAGGCUUUUUUAUGCGGAUAUCAUCAGAUUAUUAUCAUAUUUUUCCUUUAAAAAAUUGGUAUGGAAAAGGAGUGCGACAAUAACAAUAGUCACAUGAGCCGACUCAUGUUGACAUCAAAUUGUUAAGAUUGCUGCUUGAUGCUCUAUCCUGUUUUGUUUCGGUCUCCUGGUAGUCGCAGGAGUAUGACACACCGUCCAUGGAACUCGCCUCGUUUGAUUUUUUUUUUUGUAUUUGUGAGUCUAGCUGUUUAACGACGCACUGAGUCAUCGACGUACCGCAGACAGACAGUGAAACAGACUGACUAUGCUGCUGCGAAGCUUGAAGUGCACCUGGACGCCGGGCUGCAUGGCAUAGCCUCGCUGUUUAUGACUGCGCCACCCGAAAGCUGGUCCUUGUUUAUCACGCGCUAGCAUAGAUUGUUGUUUUGACCGAAAUCGCCCCGAACUGUUGACGUUUCUUGUUACCUCUUUUUAUCUUUUUGCCACCACAAUCGGCCUUUGGUAAAAUAUCAACUGGUGAUUCCCCUGGGCGAUUCAUCAAUGGGAUGUCGCCUGAUAGAGUCAUACGAAGGUUUGAUCUAACAUUGCAUUAUGUGAUUUGACAAAAGCUGCUUGAUCAAAUUUAAUGAACUCUCCGACCUCUGACAUGAUAUGGGGCUUGUCGAGACUCAAGCUCGAAGUAUAGGUAAGACAAACUUUUAUGAAUGCUUGCACCGGUGGAAGAGGUGUGACACUGUUUACUUGGAAGUUACCAUAAUUCGGUAAAAAAUCACAAUUCUCAGGAGCAUUAGCCCUAGCAUGACAAGGAGCUUGGGAGUUGUUUUCGGUAAUCUCUCGUGAAUCGCUUAAAAGUGUAUGGUCCGCAGGUAAGUCAGAAUGCUUGGACGCAAGCGCUCAGUAAAAAUUGUGGUGACACUACCUGUGGCGGAUCCUUUCUUUUUCGAGGUCAUCCAAAUCGCUGUUUUGCAGUGAAGAUCAGAUAAGGCACGUUUGUCGUGGAAUGUGUAUUGUUAACACUGGUCACUGUCAUGUACCGAUUUAUCCAUUGUGUACAAUCAGAUUAAGUCAGGUGACCCAAAAUCAAGCCAGGCUAAAUGUGCCAAAUUGAAAAUUAGUUAGGGAAUUUUGCUUAGCUUAGCAUGCUGUUAUAUAUAUUUAUAUAUAUAUAUAUAUAUAUAUAUAUAUAUAU